CGACAUAACGGGUCCAUCUGACUCAGUGGUCACUUCACGAUCUGAUGAUCUAACAUUACUGUCUUCAUCUCACAUCGGAAAUGAGAGAUCACCCCAGGCAGGAAAUGGCGACAUUUUACUUAAGGACUUUAUCCGUCAGAUCUCUUCAACAUAUUAAGAGUAAGAUGAGAGACAAUGUUGAUACUAUUGUGUUUGGUUUAUCUACCUACUGUUUUAUCAACAGUAAAUCUGGCAUUGAACAGACCGACCACUAUGACGUCAAUCUCCCGUACUAUAAUAGACGCCGGCUCCUCCAACGCUGUGGACGGGAAUAACGACACAAAUAUCUUCGCCGGACACUGCACACUGACGGACUCCACGGGAACUUACCCCAGCACCUGGUGGAGAGUUCGUCUGACGGGAGCUUCUACAGUCAAAUCUAUAAACAUUGUUUCCAGGCCUAACUUUGAAAGUCGUCUAGCGGGGAUCUCGGUGUACGUCUCCACUGGAUCUUUAGCAGAUUCCCAAUUCUUUAAUCACCCGUUCGUGUUUUACGAUAGAGGACCAUAUAUUCCAGACUCCAACGUCCGUAUAAAUCUACAGGAACCUGUCGUUGGAGAUUAUGUGUCGGUUUACAACAACAGAACGGUUCUUCCUUUACCGCCAGGCUAUAGCAACUCAGCAAUACUGGAACUUUGCGAGGUCGAGGUGUUUGGCUGUCCCCGGGGGUUGUACGGGAUAUCUUGCCAGCUCAGCUGCCCCGUUAACUGUCUGGAGGGAACGUGUGACCCUGACACUGGACGCUGUUACAGAGGGUGUUCCCCUGGAUAUGCGGGAAAUCUCUGUAACGAAAAUUGUCCAUUGGGAUAUUAUGGUCCAGGAUGUCGUCUUCGCUGUGGGCCCUGUGAACAGGGCAUGCCCUGUGAGCCUAUAAGUGGACACUGUCCCACAGGCUGUAAACCUGGGUAUACAUUCCCAUACUGCAAUCAGACUUGUUCAUGGGGGUAUUAUGGAAUCGGGUGUGUACAAAGAUGUGGACCAUGUUCACGAAACCGAACUUGUCAUGCCAUGACAGGACAGUGUCCGGAGUCACGAUCACUUGGGACGCAGAGCAGGGGCCCCGGAGACCCGGUUUUUGACGGUACCGUGGCCGGAAUAUUAAUUCCACUCUUCAUCGUCAUCCUCGUUGUCAUUGGCUGCGUGGGCUGGAAAAACAGACACAAUAUUGGCAGUGCUAAAGAAUGUAAAAGCAGGGUGGCAGCAUAUUUAAGCGCAAAAACGCAAAGUGGGUCCCAAUAUCUCAGGAAAAAAAGUCGUAAAAGCAUUAGUAGAAUGACAAAGAUGAUGAGAAGAGGCCAAUAUGCUCGAAACGUUUCGACGGAAAUCGCGCCUCCCGUUAGAGAACAUGCAAGAGGCAAGGAGAAUGUCUACAUCAAUGUGGGGAUCGAUAAAGUUCCUAUAAUAACAUUAGAAGAGGGCGAAACCGAGGAGGUAACAAGAUCGAACACGAUUGAAAAACCACCGAGGCCAUCCAAUCCCGUCAAAGCUAGCGCGCCAUACGAGAACACGAUGAUCCACGAAAUACCCAUUACAGAACUGGCGUAUGUGGUGUCAGAAAACGCCAAAGACAAUAACAGACAGCUCAAAGAUCAGUUCAAACAACUGAAAUAUGGAUUACAUGACAAAUGUGACAUUGCGAAGAAGGCAGAAAAUAGUUCUAAAAACAGAUUCAAAUCUCUUUAUGCAUAUGAUCACAGCCGAGUAAAGUUAAAGAAAGACGAUGGGAAAUCUGACUACAUAAACGCCAACUUCAUCGACGGUGUGGAAGAACCGGGUGCCUUCAUUGCCUCUCAAGGUCCCAAGAUCAACACGAUGGCGGACCACUGGUUAAUGAUUUGGGAGGAAAACGUUUGCAUUGUGGUGGCCCUUGCUAAUAUUUACGAGAAUGGAAAGGAAAAAUGUUACCAGUAUUGGCCAGACAGUGAUAAAAAUUGUCAUGCUGGAAAGUUCGUCAUCAGACAGCAAAACAGAAAAGACUACUCGUUUUACUGUGUUCGGUACUGGUCCGUCUUAAAUAGAAAGACCAAAGAAGAAAGAACAGUAGUACAAUUCCAUUUCCGGGAGUGGCCGGACCAUGGAUCCCCGGAAGCACUAAGUCUCGUCACAUUCCAGGCCCAUGUCCGGAAAGAGAAGAGUAGAAUGGUCGGCAAAAUGCUUGUUCACUGCAGUGCGGGAGUAGGUCGUACGGGAACUUUUCUAGCUUUAGAUUCAUUGCUUGAAAAUGGAAGAAAAACAGGAAAAGUUAAUGUGUUUGAAUACAUUAAAAAGAUGAGGACCUGUAGAAUGAAUAUGGUUCAAACAGAGGGUCAAUAUAUAUUUAUACACGAGGCUCUAUUUGAAGCCUUCCGGUACAAGAAGCAUGCGCUAUCGUACCGAGAAUUUGCCAAGGAACUAAAGAAACUAACCGGUGAGGAUCAACCAACCAAUGAAACGCCCUUGAGGCUGGAGUACAAUGAUGUUGAAUCCAUGAAGCCAUCCUACCCAGAGUCGAGGUACAAAGCGGCGCUAAAGCCCAUCAAUAAAACCAGAAACAGGGAGGAGGAGGCGAUGCCUGUUGAUGAUUACAGGGUCUUCCUAACUACUCCUGUAGUUGGACGUAACGACUACAUCAAUGCCGUGUUCCAGUCAUCACAUACUGAAUCAAACGCACUCAUCAUUACCUGUUCGCCAUUAUCACACAAUGUUGGAGAUAUCUGGCGGUUAGUUCAUGACCACAAUGUGGAUGCCAUAGUUCUUAUGGGAUCAUCUGGCCUUCCAGAGUUUUCUCAUUGGUUGCCGUCCACAGAAGAAACAGUGGAAUUCGAUCCCUUCUUUGUCAGGAGAGCAAUAAGUUUUGCUGGUAACGACGAGAUCGUAGAAUCUACAGCGAAAUUCAAUGUUCAGGAAAGCCAAGAAGUUGAUGAAGUUAAAAUUUUUGAGUUUUUGAACUGGAAUGUAAAUACCACAUACCCUACAUCUCCAAAGAUGAUGGUUAAAAUGAUUGAACAUGUCCAUGAUUGGCGGAAAACCCGUUAUACGGACGGUCCAAUUUUAAUUGUGUCUGUGGAUGGAGUGAGUUGGUGUGGCGUGUUCUGUGCUGGAUAUAACGCGGUAGAACAGCUAACGUUCGAUGAUGAAGUAGACAUGUUUAACAUCGUAAGACAUAUGCGCGUCAGAAGACCAGAGCUUAUUCCAUCUUUUGAGGAAUACCAGUAUUGCUACCGAGUCGUCCAGAACUACCUUUGUACUGGGGGACCCUAUGAAAAUGUUGAACUCCCAUGGGAAGGAUAAAAAUAUAGCAUUCAGGAAAACAGAUUCAGCUCAUCCAAGCCAUUUGUGAUACUUUGUGCAUUUACAAUCUACUAAAGUUAUUACAG